AGGAGGAGGAGGAAGAAGAGGAGUAGGAGGAGGAGGAGGAGGAGGAGAUGCAGGAGAAGGAGAAGGAAGCCUGAGCGGUAUAAAAGCGCCUUCUCAUCGCGGCUUAGAUGCAGUCUCUUGCUCAUCGUCAAACUACUCCCUUCCUUCAACUCAAGCAAAGAUGCGGCACCUGGUGACGGCAAUAAUGGUGUUAGUGGCGCUCCAGACGUGUGUGGCCCAACAAAACGGAAGGCGCUUUCGUCAAGACAGUGUUGAGAGGAGCCGUGGUGGCGGCGGAGACUACAGUGGUGGCGCUGGCGGCAGCUAUGGUGGUGCUGACAGUGUUGAAGGCUUCGCCGGUGGUGUUGGUAGCUACAGUGGUGGUUCUGAGGCUGGCGGCGCCUACGAUGGUGUUGACAGUGGUGAAAGCUUCGUCGGCGGUAAUGUCGGCUACCCUGGUAGUGCUGGAGGCCAAGGCGGUUCUGGCGGCGGCGGCUUUGGGGGUGGCAACCAUGCUGGUGGGGGUUCUGCCGGCGGCUUUGGGGGCGGCAGCAGCACUGGUGGGGGUUCUGCCGGCGGCUUUGGGGGUGGUAACAACGCUGGUGGAGGUUCUGGCGGCGGCUUUGGGGGCGGCAGCAGCACUGGUGGGGGUUCUGCCGGCGGCUUUGGGGGUGGCGACUAUGCUGGUGGCAAUUCUGGCGGCAGCUUUGAGACUGGUGAUGGCAGAUUUGGCCACGGCAGUGGCUAAGGCGGUGGUGAUGGUUAUGAUGACCGUCGCUGAUUGGGGAACUGUGACAUUCAUUGAAAUGAUUGAGAAGAUAACAACAACAACUUCUAAGAUCCCUAUCAUGCCCUACCAUACUAUUAUGUCACGUUUGCUUCAAAUUUCCGACAUGCCUUGAGUUACUCAAGAAUUUUUGUUUGUUUUGUUUUCAAUUAGGGUUGUGUUUGUGUUUGAAUAAAUAUUUUCGAAAACAAAAAUUCCGUCGUUUUGUUUAGUCUCUCAUCGAUUUUGAAGAGUAACCAUAGUUAUUAUUUAAUAACAUGGGCGCGUCUGUAAUUUGAUAAAUAUAUUAUUAUUAUUAUUAUUA